AUGGCCUCAGAUCUGGUUCUAGUUCUUUGUUCUCCUUGUCCUUGUGCACUCAUGUUUCAUAUCUAUCAUGCUAUCUCCAUCCCAGGUUCUUCCAAGAAGAGGAACAAAGGUCACGUGGACGAGAUUGAGGAAGAACUUGAGCAAACACGGCCUUCAAAGCUCACCUCUCGUCAGCAAGCAUCUCAAAGGUCAAAGACACCCGCUGCUCGGGGCAAGAACAUCCAUGUAUCCGUGAAGAACAUGCAAUAUCCUGAGUACAAGGAGAUCCGUGACAUGAACCCGUACCUCACUCCUCGGAGCAACCGGGUUUCGGAUAAGCGCUUCCACAACAAGACUCAAGAGGAGAUCUUUUAUGAGGUGUAUGUGCCAUUCAAGAAGGGGGUAACCCCUCAACAUGCUAUUGACACCGGCAAGAUGGCCGCCUCGAAGUACUUUGAGGAAGCAUAUGCCAUGUGUGGAGAGUUUGGGCUCUAUCCCAUAAUGGAGCUCACCAAGGAGUAUGAUGUGGAGAUGAUUCAUCAAUUCUAUGCCACUGUUCAUUUUGACACGGAUGAAGCCAAAACCUUCCGGUGGAUGUCUCAUGAGAAGCUUCUUGAGUCCAACUUGGCGAAGUUUGGGGCUGCCCUUGGAUACCCUCGCCUCCCGGGCGUUGAUGCGAAUGGAUGGAGGUGCCACGACAGUUCUUUCUCUCAACCAAGGGAAGUGUUGGAGCCCCUCUAUAUCAAAGGUGGCAACCUUGAUGAGCUGCACUUGUAUGAAGUCGACCUUAUGGCAAACUCAUUUGCAAAGAGGGGCACCGGUGAGAAGAUUGAUGUGAUGGACUACAUCUUCAAUGAGAUGUGGUCAUGUGUUAUGGAGAAGAAACUUCCCGCCUAUGCUCCGUACAUUAUGAAGCUCAUUGAGGACACUUGGGUGGCUACUUCCAACGCCGGCGCAGCCUCCUUCUCCUCAUUCCGCCGCCUCGUCCAGUCGCGCAACCUCGCCGUCGAACCCGCCGCCGCAUUCACCAUCCCUACCCCCGCCCCCGCCUCCACGUCCGAGCCCGAGCCCGCGGAGAUACCAAGCGCCGAGCCGUGCCCGCCACCGGCAGCCACCUACCCGCCGCCGCAGCUCAGGCCCAAGCGGGUGCACCCCAACUCGGUGUCGGAGGCCCCCACGGUCGCGGCCGAGCAGCCGAAGCGACCCAGAGGGGACAGCGCAGGCAACUUCGUUCGGCUCAACAUCAACGGGUACGGCCGGAAGAAAUCGUUCAAGUCGCAGGCAAGGCGCCCGACGAAAUACCGCUCCUGGAAGCGGCAGCAGCCCGGUGGUGGCAAGCCCCGGGCAGGCGCCGACGAGGAAGGGGAUUUCGUGGCGGAGGCGCUGCUCGAGCGGGAGAAGAAUGGGGCGGGAGGCGGUGACGGUGUUCUUGAGGCUGUUGAGGUAGCGAGGGAGGACCCGUCCGAGCAGAAUCUUGACAGCUUGCUCAGGAAGGUGUUUGGCUACGAUUCGUUCCGCAAGGGUCAGCUUCAGGCGAUCCAGAAUAUAAUUGCAGGAGAGUCUACCGUGCUUGUGCUCCCGACCGGCGCGGGCAAGUCACUGUGCUAUCAGUUGCCCGCUAUGAUUUUGCCUGGACUGACACUGGUGGUGAGCCCACUGCUUUCCUUGAUGGUGGAUCAGUUGAGGAAGCUCCCUGCAUUUCUCCCAGGAGGCCUUCUUGGGAGUAGUCAGACGAGCGAUGAGUUUCAUGAAACAUUGCGAAGAUUGCGUGCAGGGGAAAUAAAGGUUCUUUUUGUUUCUCCGGAGAGAUUCUUGAAUGAAGAAUUUCUGCUGAUAUUCAGGGACACGCUGCCGAUAUCUCUUGUGGUGAUCGAUGAAGCUCAUUGCAUUUCUGAAUGGUCUCAUAAUUUUAGACCUUCAUAUCUAAGGCUUCGAGCAUCACUACUUCGGAGAAAGCUUAAUAUUCAAUGUAUUCUUGCAAUGACUGCAACUGCAACAACCCAAACCUUGCAGGAGAUAGUAAGUGCCUUAGAAAUACCAUCUGGUAAUCUCAUCCAAACAUCUCAAAUAAGGGAAAAUUUACAGCUAUCUAUUAGCACGAGUGAUAACAGGUUGAAGGAUUUAUUGUUGUUAUUAAAGUCUCCCCCUUUUGUUGACAUGAGAAGUAUUAUCGUCUAUUGUAAAUUUCAGACAGAAACAGACUUUGUUUGUAAGCACUUGUGUGAUAACAACAUUACUGCCAAGAGCUACCAUAGUGGACUUCUGAUGAAAAAGAGGAGCCGUGUACAGGAACUUUUUUGCUCUAACAAAAUAAGAGUGGUAUAUCUUUGCCUAUGUACCUUGGUAUUUCCUAUUCAUAAGUUGCAUUCAUAAGUUGGCCAGAUAUCUAACUUUGUUUCGUCCUCCUUGAGGAAGGUUGUUGCAACUGUGGCAUUUGGCAUGGGUCUUGAUAAGAGUGACGUCGAAGGGGUGAUUCACUAUAGGUUGCCGGAAAGCAUGGAAGAAUACAUACAGGAAACUGGCCGUGCUGGAAGGGAUGGACGGGUAUCACACUGUCAUCUUCUUUUUGAUUCAACAACAUUCUAUAAGAUUCGUAGUCUUUCACACAGUGAUGGCAUUGAUGAAUAUGCAAUGAUCAAAUUUCUUCACCAGUUAUUCUCCUCUGGCACAGGGUGCAUCUGUUCCUUGGUUAAAGAGUCUACAUCACGCAAGUUCGAUAUGAAAGAAGAGGUGCUUUUGACGGUCCUCACACAGCUGGAAAUUGGCGACGAACAAUAUCUCCAUUUACUUCCUCAGUUCAGUGUUACCUGCACAUUGUAUUUUCACAAGACAUCACCGCAAUUGCUCGCUGACAAGGAUAUACUACUUAGAUCAAUUCUAAAAAAUUCAGAGAUGAAGGAUGGAAGUUAUGUCUUCGAAGUACCAAGAAUAGCUAACGAUAUGAGGAUCACAAUGAAUGAAGUGUUUGAUCGAUUGCAAAAGCUAAAGAUCAGAAAACUGGACGCUAUGUUUUGUCUUGCGAACUAUGCUGUCAAAAGUUGCAAAAGGACCAGUGGGUGUUCUGGUUCCCAGCACACUCCGUGCAUUCAGAAGAGGAUUAUAGACUACUUCAGCAAAACUGAAGGCACAUCAGACGAUGACUACUGUACUCCACUCCGCAAGAGCAGCACGUUCUUGCAAUCCGAUAUAAAGGUAUUCCUCCAGAGCAAUUCGUUUGCAAAGUUCACCCCGAGGGCUGUCGCGAGGAUUAUGCAUGGCAUCUCCAGCCCAGCCUUUCCAGCCGCAACUUGGUCCAAAAACCACUUCUGGGGACGCUAUAUAGAGGUUGAGUUUCCAUUGGUCAUAGAAGCUGCCAGAGCAGAGCUAGUUAAAUUUGUUGGAAAAGGAGAAUAG